AUGGAAGGAAGAAUUCAAGUUGCCAUUCCAGAAGGACAAUUUGAAGAGUAUUCAAAUAAUCAAUGUACUAAUCUUACUUGUUGGUUGGCAUUAUUCCAAAAUGGUACUGGUGUUCCAUACAUUAGGUUUAACACAUCAAUAGAUUCUUUACGUUUAAGUGCUGGAUCACCUGAUGCAACAAGUGAAUUAGAUGAAGGGGUUCAAAGUUUAAUUAAUUCUGUUGCUGAUGUAUUUAUUAAUAGAUAUAGAGCGGUUAUUCCUGUAUUCUUAAAUGGAUUAGUCAAUAACCUUGGAACUGGUUUUAUUAAUGAUUUCCUUAAUGAUAAUUUAAAUGCUACUUGUGAAGAAAAUCCUGAUCCUGAAGUAAAAGAAUAUAAACCAGCUGUUGUAGCAUCAACAAUUUCAAUUGCAGUUGUAUUAUCUAUUAUUUUAUGUGCCAUUGCUAUUAUUGUUUUAGUUGUUAAAUGGAGAUUUGGAAAGAAUCAUGAAGAGUCAUCUGUAACAACUACUGGAGAAAGUAAAGAAAGUGACUCAUCAAGUGAAGGAGAAAAAGAAAAGAAACCAUUUUUACAAAGAUUAAAGUCAUUCCCAUUAUGGUUCUGUAAACAAUGGUUAAGAACAGACGAAAAAGGAGCAUCAUUAUUCCUUCAUCCACACGUUAAUAUUGUGAUUAGAGUUAUUAUGCCAUUCUUAAUUCUUUUGAACAUUGCAUUAUUUAUUACAUCUAAUACAGGUACUGGUGCUACAGUUAAUGCAUAUAUUUCAAUUGGAAGUAGUCAAGUUAUUACAAUGCCAGUUUCUGAUUUUGGAUUGAUGAAUUCAGUAGAAGAUAUGUGGACAGCUGGAGUAUAUCCACUUGCUGUUUUAAUUAUGGUAUUCUCUGGAAUUUGGCCUUACACUAAAUUGGUAAUUUUAUUAUUCACAUGGUUUAUGCCAUCAACAUUAGUUGUUCCUAAAGUAAGAGGUAUUAUUCUAAAAGUAUUAGAUGCAUUAGGUAAAUGGUCUAUGCUUGAUUCAUAUGUUAUGGUAUUGAUGAUUGUUGCAUUCUACUUUGAUAUUCCAUUGCCAAUUAGACAUCCAGAGUCUAUUAAUGAUCCAGUUAAGAUCAAUUUAUAUGUUUAUCCAGCAUAUGGAUUUGUUACAUUAAUGUUAGGAACUAUUGCAUCAUUAAUUAUGUCACAUGUAGUUGUAGGAGUACAUAAUGUAGUUCUUCAUGACAAACAAAGUAAUCGUGGAGAAGAUGGACUUAAGUGGAGACCAUUAUUCUUCUAUUGUAGAUUCUUAGUUACAAAGAUUAUUGUUCCAAUCUUCUUAUUUAUCUCAUUUGUAUUGUUAGUGAUUGGUAUGUUCUUGAUUUCAUUUUCAUUUGAUUUCUUAGGACUUGCAGGAUGGGCAUUAGCUAUUCUUGGACAAUCUCCACGAAGAGAAUUCUCUGUUGUUGAUCUUGGAACACAACUUCCAGGUGCUACUAGAGAACCAAACAGUUUUGCUGUUAGAAUAACUCAAAUAGUGUAUUUCAUGACAAUCAUUGUAUUACCAAUUCUUCAUAUGGUUUCAUUGUUUGUAUUAUGGUUUGCACCAUUGCAAAGACGAUUCCAAAGUUUCUUGUAUCAUUGUUGUGAAGUAUUAUAUGCAUGGUCAUGUAUUGAUGUCUUUGUAGUUUCAGUUAUUGCUGCUAUUGUUGAAUUAUCACAAUUUGCAUCAUUUAUGGUUGAGCCAUAUUGUUCAGCUAAAAUUCCACAACUUGGAGCAAGUAUUGAUGAUAUUGUAGCGGAAUUCUUUGGAGAUGAAGAACUUAUUGAUGGGCAUGAAACAUGUUUUGAAGUUAAAGCCAACCUUGAAGGAGGGUGUUGGUUAUUGUUUGUAGCAGUUAUCAUUUAUACAAUUUGUUCAAUUGCAAUCAUGAAGAUUACAAAGAGAUGUCUUGCUAAACGACUUCCAACUGAAGAAGAAAGAGCUGUAAUGAAUGGAACAAAGAUUGAAAUGGCAGAAAAUCAAGAAGAUGAUAGUGAUAAUACAAACAAAACAGAAGAAAAGAAAGAGGAUGAUAAUGACAGUACAAACAAAACAGAAGAAAAGAAAGAAGAAGAUAAUAAUGAUGUACCUUCUCCUCAAGAAAGUGAAGAAGAAGAGUUAAAUUCUGAGUCAGUGAAAAGCGAAGAAGAAAAUGAUGAGUAA